GUUUUAUUAUGGGUUGUAAUUCCUUCAAUAAUGAAACAAGGCUCAGUGACAAUGGUGAUGACAGUGUUGUUAAUAGUAUUUUUGUUCCAAUAUUUGCCGAAAGUUUACCACUCCCUUUGCCUCUUGCGCCGCCUCCAAAACCUCUCCGGCUACAUCUUCGGCACUGUCUGGUGGGGCAUUGCUCUCAAUCUCAUUGCUUACUUCGUUGCUGCCCACGGUGCAGGAGCAUGCUGGUACCUGCUGGGAAUUCAGAGAGCAGCAAAGUGCCUAAAAGAGCAAUGCAGAGGGAGCAGCAGCUGCGGGGCGAGGGUGCUGUCGUGCAAACAGCCAAUAUUCUAUGGAGCAACCAACAUGGGAAGAGACAGAGCAAGAUUUGAAUGGGCAGAAAACAGGCAGCCAAAAUUGAUGUGCUUGGAAACUGCAGAGAAUUUUGAUUAUGGAGCUUAUAAAUGGACUGUUCAGCUUGUUGUCAACCAGAGUCGGUUGGAGAAGAUUCUGUUCCCCAUAUUUUGGGGCCUCAUGACUCUUAGUACCUUUGGGAACUUGGAGAGCACCACAGAAUGGGUGGAAGUUGUGUUCAACAUCAUUGUACUCACCAGUGGACUCCUUUUGGUCACCAUGUUGAUUGGAAAUAUCAAGGUGUUUCUGCAUGCAACUACGUCAAAGAAACAAGCCAUGCAGCUGAAGAUGAGGAACUUGGAGUGGUGGAUGAGGAAGAGGCGGCUGCCACAAGGGUUCCGGCAGCGGGUUCGGAACUACGAGAGGCAGCGGUGGGCGGCGAUGCGCGGGGUUGACGAGUGCGAGAUGAUCAGAAAUCUACCGGAAGGCCUCCGGCGAGACAUCAAGUAUCACCUUUGCUUGGAUCUGGUUAGGCAGGUUCCUUUGUUUCAACAUAUGGAUGAUCUUGUUCUUGAGAACAUUUGUGAUCGUGUCAAGUCCCUCAUCUUCACCAAGGGCGAAACCAUAACGAGGGAGGGAGACCCAGUA